GACGAUGCACCCAAGACAAUUCAGGUGUGUUUUGUGCUAUCGCCUUGCGAUUCCUACGUUUCCUCCUUACUUUACUUGUCCUUGCUGCUCUUCGAAAAUCAUAGAUCGUUUCGGGGAUCACGCAGUGCAUUGUGGUAAUGAUGUUGGCCUGAAAUUCCGCCAUAACUUGGUUCGAGAUGUGUUAGGGGAUAUCUGUUCGCAGGCUGGGGUUGUUGUGCAGAAGGAGGUUCCUUUGGGAUUUCUGUCUGAGGAAGGGAGAGAUCUCCGUCCUGCAGACCUUCUUGUCUACUCUUGGGACAAAGGGAAAAAUGUAUGCUUAGAUGUCACAGGUAUCUCUCCCUUCACCGGGCCAGGAGUUGAUGCUUUUGCUCCUGGGGUUGUUGUCGCUAAUGCUGUUGCCAGGAAGAAGAAGAAGUAUGAAGCGAAGUGCAUAGGCAACGGAUAUGGUUUUAUCGCUUUUGCUUUCUCCACCUUUAGAGAACUGGGGAGUGAUGCCCUCGAGUUCAUGUCUAGGGUCUCACGGGUUGCUCAGAGUAACACGGCUGCUGCUAAUAUUCGUUCUUUUCUUUUUCAUCGCUUGUGUUUUGCUUUUAAUAAGGGCGUCGGAGCCCAAUUAGUGGCUAGGCUCCUAUCCAACUUUGUGUAAUCGCUUAAUAAUAAUAAUAAUAAUAAUAAUAAUAAUAAAAUUCUCUCAAAUAGGGCGAUUAGGGCACAAUGGUUCACGUCAGCAUCACCAGCGACAGUUAGGCGGUGGUUCCACGGCAACUACCCGGCGGUUCAGCGGCAUUUUACCGGCGGUAUCACGAAGGUUAGUGGUUCGAUUUACCGUCAGUUUUUGGUCCAGUUUGGUGCAGUUUUUGGUGUAGUUUGGUGUAGUUUUUGGUGCGGUUUUCUGGCAGUGGUUUUGGGUGCAUUUCCCAUCAACGUACGUCGGGGAAUCGGGGUUGUUAUUGGCGCAGUUUAAGGUUCGUUGGGGUGCGGUUUUCAGGCGAAAUUGUGGGCAGUUGUGGUCUGUUGAAGGUUCCGUUCAGGGGGAGCUGUUUGGCGACGGUUUUGAGUGUUGGUUUGGGCAAUUUGGGGGCUGUUUCAGGCGGCUAACAUGGGCAGUUUCAGGCGGCUUUAAGGGGCAGAUUCAGGCGACUAAUAUGGGCAAAUUCAGGUCUUUCAUUGUUGUUCCGAAGGUGCAGGUCAGAGGGUGUUUCGGUGGUGUUGGGGGUGUUGUUCCGAAGGUGCAGGUCAGUGUGUUGUGUUGGAUGGCAGUGUGUGGUUGUUGCGUUUCUUGGUGGCGUUUCUUGGUGGAGCUUUGGUGGUUCAGCGAUGUCCGUAGUGGUUCCGCCCAUAGGUGUUUGUAACGGCAGAGUAUCUGGUUUGACAUUUCAGUUUCGGUCUGUGUUAGUUUCCGGCAGUUUGGCAGUUUCGGUGAGUACCGUUUCAGAUUCAGUGCGGUUGAUGUGCUUUGUUAUGGCGGCGUCCGUGGAGAAGUUUCAUUUCCCUUUUGUGGGUCUUAGCGGGUGCCAAGAUGGCGGUGGGCGUGGUUUGGUUUUUUCUUCGGCUGAGGUGACCUUUCGUCGUAUGGGAAUUUGGUUAUGUGGAGAUUGUUUUAAGACACAUACUCAUCGUACUAGGUGUCGACAUGGCAGUGGUUCUAGUAUUGUUUUUGUGGACCCACCUAAUUCCAGGGAUGGUAUUAUUCGUUUUAUUCUCUACGGUUUUCAAAAACCGCAAGCUCCUACUUCCGAGCUAUCUUCUUCUGAUGCGCCUCGAGAACAUCAGUUUUCUUUUGAUGUUGCUCUUCUAGACACUUUAUUGUCUAAGCGGUUGCGUUCUGUGAAAUCCAUCCCUCCCAAAUACCGUUUGGGUUUUUCGCGAGUUCUAAAAGGGGCGCUUGAUAAGGUGAUUUGCAGACCAGAUGACAUCGCUUGUUGGGUUCAGUUGCUCGUGUUACCUCUUUGUGUCCUCUCGACUUUUUCUCCGCGAAGUAAUCGUGAGUGUUCCUCUGGUGUUAGGCGGCGUCGACAGGAAGAGAGUAUCACCUCUGCUAUUUAUUCUUGGGGUGAGUCUGGUGGUUCUGAGCGACUUGUCAUAGACACAUUGGCUAGCGUGUCUCCAUUGGACGUUGACGAAGACCAUGGUUUGGCAGAGCGUAAUAUUAAGCAAUGCAAGAGAAAGAUUUCUGACGGUCACUACACUGCUGCUGUUAGAGUUCUUUCGUCCUCAGGUCUUGCCCCUUACAGUGAUGCUACUCUUACAGAUUUGCAAGCAAAACACCCUUUCUUUCCGGUCCCUACCUUACCGGAUAUCCCUGUUGAUCAUCACCUUACUACUUCCUCCGCUGUUGUGUUGGAGCAGAUUAGGGGUUUUCCGCGUGGUACUUCGUGCGGUAGAUAUGGCUUGCGUGCUCAACACCUUUUGGAUUGCUUGGGUGGUGCUGCUGUAGCUGUUUCUGAUGAGUUGGUGGAUGCUAUUACUCAGGUAGUUAAUCUCUUUCUUGCUGGAAAGUGUCCUGGUGAGCUUGGAGGAUAUAUUGCUAGUGCCCCUCUUACGCCACUUGUUAAGCCUGGUGGUGGUAUUCAGCCUAUUGUUGUGGGCACUAUUUGGAGGCGCCUUGUUUCUAAGGUCGGGGCUGCUUUGAUUGGUCCGCGUUUAGGAACCUACUUAGGAGGGCUUCAGUUUGGUGUUGGGGUUCCAGCAGGUGGUGAGGCCAUUCUUCAUGCUGUCAAUCGUUUGGUUGAGGCUCGUGGGGCUGAUGUUGGCCUCUUUAUGUUAUUGUUGGAUUUUCAGAAUGCGUUCAAUUUAGUUGAUCGAUCGGCUUUGUUGCGUGAGGUUCGGUUACAUUGUCCUGCUCUUUCGCGUUGGGUUGAAUUCUGUUACUCUUCUCCAGCGCGGCUGUAUUAUGGGGAGCAUACCUUGUGGUCUUGUCAAGGUGUGCAGCAAGGGGAUCCUCUCGGUCCUUUUCUUUUUUCUCUGGUUCUACAUCCAUUGGUAUGUCAAAUCAGAGACUCUUUUGAUCUAUCUCUUCAGGCUUGGUACUUGGACGAUGGCACUAUCGUUGGUGACGCUUUGGUGGUUGGAAAGGUCUUGGAGUUGAUUUUGGAGGAGGGUCCUCAUUUAGGUCUCCAUGUUAAUGUUGAGAAGAUAGAGGUUUUCUGGCCUUGGAAAGACCCACGCAGUCGUCUAGAGAGUGUCUUUCCUUCGGAUAUUGCUCGUCUUGCGCUUGGUGUUAAGUUGCUUGGUGGUCCAGUCAGUACGGAUUCCUCUUUUUGUAAGGAGUUGGUUUCACAGUGUGUGUCGAAGACUGUUGUGUUGAUGGAUGCUGUAGCUAAGCUUAAUGAUCCCCAGUGUGAGUUGUUGCUUCUUCGUGCGUGUACUGGAGUUUCUAAACUCUACUUUGCUAUGCGCACUUGUCCGCCUCAUCUUUUCGAAGCGGCCCAAUUAUCUUUUGAUGUGGCUCUUCGGGCUUCUUUGGAGCGUAUCGUGACUGAUUCGGGACCUGGGUUCGGUGACUGGCAAUGGCGUCUUGCCACCUUACCUUAUUCUUAUGGAGGAUUGGGUGUUUAUUCGGCUGGUGAUGUUUGGCAUUAUGCUUUUCUUGCAUCCCGUUUGCAGUCUUCUGGUUUGCAGGAUUCGCUUCUUCGGCUUUCAGGUGUUGAUGGUCCGGGAUCGGCCUUUGAUGAUGCUCUUGGUCUUUUCAAUAGGACCGUGGAGACCGACCUUAUGAGUAGCCCUAGUGAGAUCGCUUCCCCCCCAUUCAUGAAGAAAUUGGCAGACAUAUAUUUCAUGAAGGUUACUGCUGAUGCGGAAUCCGCCUUCUCCUUAUCUUGACGUCAGGUU